CUUCAUCAGUUCCGUCGUGACAUUGAACUGAUGACUGGGGAGCGCCCCAACUGGUACUGGCGUAUCUGCUGGCUAAUAAUCACCCCCAGUCUGAUUGUAUUCCUUCUGGUAUUCAUGCUUAUUAAACGGCAGCCACUUCAGCUUGAUAAUUACAACUUUCCCCGCUGGGCGGACUGCCUGAGCAACUUAGUUGCUGCUUUUCCAAUAAUCUGCAUACCCGGAUGGAUGGCAUACAAAUUCUGCAAGGAGGGCGGAUUCAUUGUUGGUUUUAUAUAUUUUCAAUCCACUUUUCAGCUCUAA